UUGCGCUCAAGACGCCAGCUAUCACCGCACCACUACAGACGCUUAUCAAUAAGAGCGUCGCGAUUCGUGCAGCCUUGUACUAGUAUCUUCGAGUGUCCUGUUUGCCGGCUGCGUCGCACCUCGUUCAUUUGGCUACGGUUGCACGUCGGGGCUGCGCAUAUCGGCUGAGAUACUUACCUGAGCAGUGGUGACGACGAAGCCACGAGGAUGCGGUCGCUCAUCGGGACCGUAGUUGUCCUCGCAGUUGUCCUGGCUGUACCAGUGGCGAUCGCCCAAGGACCACCCGAGGACGAAGUGACGCACCUGCCGGGUUCGACCAAUCAAACAACGUCUUUCAAACAGUACUCGGGGUUUCUUCAAGCGGGAGGAAUGCGACGUCUGCACUACUGGUUUAUCGCUAGUGAACGGAACCCGCAGACUGACCCGGUCAUUCUAUGGAUGAAUGGAGGGCCUGGUUGCAGCUCUCUGCUGGGACUGAUGUCGGAGCAGGGACCUUUUCGAGCGGUCAGGAGAGGAACAAAACUGAUCGUCAAUCCCUACAGAUGGAACAAGAUCGCGAACAUCAUCUUUCUGGAAGCGCCCGCUGGCGUCGGUUUCUCUUACGACCCGAGUGGAAACUACUCGACCAACGACGACCAGACAGCGGACGACAACUACCUGGCCCUCCAGGACUUCUUCUCGAAGUUCCCCAGUCUCAAGAACAACGACUUCUAUAUUGCGGGCGAGAGCUACGGAGGCAUCUACGUGCCCAUGUUGACGCAGCGAGUGCUCAAGAAUCCAAAGGGCAUCCAGCUAAAGGGUUACGCCGUUGGCAACGGCGCUCUUGACCUCAACAUCUUGGGCAACGCCUUGGUCUUCUUCGGAUACUACCAUGGACUCUACGGACUAAGCCUUUGGACCAGGUUGACGAGUAACUGCUGCCACGGAAGCGUUUCCCAGCAGUCGUGCGACUUUGUGGAACGUGAGACGCUGGAGUGCGCGACUGCGGUCCAGGAUGCCUUGGAGGUCAUAUACGACGAGCAUCUGAACGUGUACAACCUGUACGACAAGUGCGAAGACGAAAGCGGCAGAAGGCUUCUUGGUUCCCGGGCAAGUCCCUCGUCUCGCUACCACCGGUCGAGACAGCUGAUUGCGCACAGCGUCAACGUCACACGUGACCUGGACAACUUGAGCUCCAGUCCAGCAUGCAUUGAUAGCGAGAAUGUCAAACGUUAUCUUACACGAGAAGACGUGAAAGUAGCGCUGCACGUCGAGAACUCAACGCUGGAAUGGGAUGAGUGCAGUAACGUCCUGAACUACUCAACGCAAUACCGGUCAAUGAAGAAUGUCGUAAAAGAGCUCGUGGAUUCCCAACAACUGAAGACCCUCAUCUACAACGGCGACGUCGACAUGGCUUGCAACUUUCUAGGAGACGAAUGGUUCGUCAACACAUUGGGGUAUAAGCCAAAGUCAACGUACAAGCUCUGGAAGCACAAAGAUCAAGUGGCAGGAUUUUUUCAGACGUAUGAAAAUAACAUCACUUUCGUGACGAUCAAGGGAGCCGGUCACAUGGUACCAGAGGACAAGCCCGCACAAGCCUUACAGAUGAUCAGUAACUUCAUCACCGACACACCAUUCUGAUCACGUCUCGAUACAUCCGGGUUAUUGUGCUGAAUAAAUUCAUCCGAAAUGCCUGAUAA